AUAUCUCAUGAAGAGAGAGUCAUAUUAACAAAAAUUGCUUAUAAGAAUCACCUCUUUCAAGUCACCAAUGUUUAUGCUCCUCCAAAUAGUAAGGACAGAAGUGAAUUCUUCGAAAGAUGGACACCACUUUAUGAUGAAGAAUCAAUAAACAUAUUGGGUGAAGACUUUAACACCAAUAUAAACCCAGAAACAAUCGAGGAACAACCCUUUUCUGACUUUCUUUCAAAACACAUGGAACAACCAAACUAUAGCAACUAG